CUUUGUACACUGAGUCAGAAAACCACGCUGCUUUAACACACACUUUCAGACACCGUGGACUCCUCGUGUCUGAGUCCGGCCUGAGCGUCAGUCAGAGUCCGUCCCGGAUCGCGGGGGACAGACAGCGGAGAGGCGGCAGCUUCACGGAAGAAGAAGAAGAACGAGGAAGCAACCGCAGAUGUCAUCGGUGAAGAAAAGAAACUCCAACUCCUCUGGAGGCCGGGAAGAGGACCGGCAGGUGACCGAGAGGAUGCUGUCUGCCGGCUCCAGUCCAGCCGAAACCCCGGUGAGCGACGCACGGAGCCCCAGCAGCCUCCUGCCGGCGGAGGCGGCGGAGGCAGCGGAGGACGGGGUCGCCCUGAAGCGGACCAUCACCCUGAUGAACGGCGUGGCCAUCAUCGUGGGCACAAUCAUCGGCUCGGGCAUCUUCGUGACGCCGACCGGCGUGUUUCGGGAAGCGGGCUCGGUGGGUCUGUCCCUGAUCGUGUGGGCGGUGUGCGGGGUGUUCUCCACGGUGGGAGCGCUGUGCUACGCGGAGCUCGGAACCACCAUCAGCAAGUCCGGGGGGGACUACGCGUACAUCCUGGAGGUGUACGGCUCCCUGCUGGCGUUCCUCAAGCUUUGGAUCGAGCUGCUCAUCAUCCGACCCUCCUCUCAGUACAUCGUUGCCUACGUGUUCGCGACCUACCUGCUGAAGCCCAUCUUCCCGGUGUGCCCGGUACCGGAGCAAGGGGCCAAGCUGGUGGCCUGCCUCUGCAUCCUUUUGCUGACCUUCGUGAACUGCUACAGUGUGAAAGCGGCCACCAGGGUGCAGGACUUCUUUGCUGCCGCCAAACUCCUGGCGCUCACCCUCAUCAUCAUCAUCGGCUUCGUCAAGAUCGGCCAAGGUGGAACAGAUGAACUUCUUCCUGAAAACUCUUUUAAAGGAUCCAGUUAUGAGUUCGGUAACAUCGGCUUGGCGCUUUACAGCGGACUCUUUGCCUACGGUGGCUGGAACUACUUGAACUUUGUCACUGAAGAAAUGAUCGAGCCUUACAAAAACCUUCCUCGAGCCAUCAUCAUCUCUCUGCCCAUCGUCACCACUGUGUAUGUUCUCACCAACCUGGCCUACUUCACCACCAUCUCUCCCGAAGACAUGCUCAGCUCUGAGGCUGUCGCUGUGGACUUUGGGAACUACCACCUGGGCCCCAUGGCGUGGAUCAUCCCCGUGUUUGUGGGUCUGUCGUGUUUCGGUUCGGUCAACGGUUCGCUCUUCACAUCAUCCAGGUUAUUCUUUGUGGGGUCGCGGGAGGGUCACCUGCCCAGCCUGCUGUCCAUGAUCCACCCCACGCUGCUGACGCCGCUGCCCUCACUCAUAUUCACGUGUUUGAUGACGCUGCUCUACGCUUUCUCCAACGACAUCUUCUCCGUCAUCAACUUCUUCAGCUUCUUCAACUGGCUCUGCAUCGCCAUGGCGAUCGUCGGAAUGAUGUGGCUCCGCUACAAGAAGCCCGACCUGGAGCGGCCGAUUAAGGUCAACAUCCUGCUGCCGGUGAGCUUCGUCCUCGCCUGCCUCUUCCUCAUCAUCGUGUCUUUCUGGAAGACGCCAAAGGAAUGCGCCAUCGGCUUCGGCAUCAUCGCCACCGGACUGCCCGUCUACUUCAUCGGCGUUCGGUGGAAGAACAAACCCAAGUGGAUGAUCCGCGCCAUCUUAACGACCACCGCCUGGUGUCAGAAGGUCAUGGAGGUCGUCCCUCAGGAGUCCUAAAAGACCAUCUGCCUUUUUUUUCUUCUUCUAUUUUUUAUUUGGCCUCUGACAUCACAGAAGAUGAAGUUUGACCUCAGCUGACGUUUCUCUAACCCCGCUCUGUCUCAGACUAAUACACACACACACACACACACACACACCCAUGUUGUGCAGACUGCUGAUUAGGACCAAGUCUUCGUCAUUGUCUUGUUUUAAUGUUACCAUGGUGAUUCAGACGUUGUUGGUUUUACGUGUUUUUAGUGCAUUUAUGAAGUUUGUAUUUUUUUAGCUGUUAUUUAAAUGUUUUUCCGGAGCCUGAGGAUUUGGUGUUGAGCCUGGGUUGCCAUGGCGCUCCUGACCUUUCCUGACCUCUCAUGGUGCAUCUGAGGCCUAACAGAGGCGGUUUCGGUUGGUUUCUGUUUCGUGGGUUAUUUCGUUUUCUACAUCUGAAGGAUUCAGGUGUUUUCCGUUGAAAGCCCACGUCUCAUUCGGUUUGUGAGCUGUGAGGUCGGACUGGGGUCACCAGGGGUCACAUAAGAGGCGCCGCUUCAGGCCGUUUAAGUACCACUCAGUGUUAUCAGGCCGGAGCAGAGCCGAUAAAAUCUGAUAAAAUCUUUUGUAUUUUCUCUCAAAAUGACAAACGUUUUUUACGAGUUUUGUUCUGUUUUUGUUUUUGGUAAAACGGAGGCCUUUGCGCACCACGUCUGUGUUUGGUGUUCAAUAUGAACAUUUUUCGUUCUCUAUAAACAUCAGCAUAUGUGACGGUUUCCUUCCAAGCAAUCAAACCUUAAAGCUGCAGUACGUAACUUUUGUUUUUAAAAAAUGUUUUUUUUACAUAGUUGAUAAAACUGUGACCAUGUCCUGAUUGUUUAAUGUGAGACAGAUAAUAUGUGAAAAGAUCAAUUUCCUCCACCUUAUACAUUUGCUACUGCCGCUGUCUGAAGAAAUUUACCACGCUCAAAAAAAUCUACCAAUCAGAACCAGGAGGCGGGUGUUAGCGCUGUCAAUCAUCCUCGUGAAUGCGCUUCUAAAUGUCCUAAUGGCGGAGAAACAACUUACUGUUUCAGGAAAAAACUGUUUAUCUCAUAUCAACGGUGGCAAUGCUAACUAGCCUUAGCAUUCAUAACAGGUCCUGCCUCCUGGCUCUGAUUGGUUGUUUCUAGUUAGAGAAAACAGAGGAGUUUGAUUGUUUGUUUUUCACAGAUUAUUUGUCUCAUACAACUGUUUCAACAAUUUUUUAUAAAAGUUUCAUACUGCAGCUUUAAGGCAAUAUUCAGGAGUUCUCAGUUUUCUCACGGUUUUCCAAUGUAGUUAAAUGAGUUUUUCAUUCAUUCAUUUGACUUUUUUCUUAUUUAAAAUGUAAAUUCUGCCCUCUUAUUUAUUCAUUUGUCACUGUAUGUUUUGCAAACCACCUCCCUCUCUCUUUCAUUUCCCUUUUUCUUUCAUUCUCCAAUAACAGAAACAAAGAGUUUUGCACUGAUUUGUCCUCAACUCUGACCUUUCACCCAGUCAGACAUUAAUCAGAAACCAGAUUUAAAUUACAUCUUUAGGCGCUUUCUUGUCAGCCAUCUUGUUUUUGUUUUUUAUAUCCCCAUUUCUUUGGCUAAAUCUUUUUCUGAAGAUGACACAGUUUGACACAAAAACCUAAAAGCAGCAAAAUACUGAAAGAUCUUCUAGAAACCUGUAGAUCAAAUUACAUUUGAUUCAAAGCUAAAUAUUAUAAACUGGUGUUUAUUUUGGACAAUAUAAGCUGAGUGUCAGCCAAACUGAAGAUUUACGCCUAAUACUGAACGGUUUUGCUUUGUUUAAUUAGUUUUAGGAGCUAAACUGAGCACAAAAAGUCAAGAAGUUCCUGUUUGGUUGAUUAAUUGCUGCUUGGCAUUAAAUCUGAACACUUCUGCCCUAUAUUAUUAUUAUUAUGUAUAGAUUUUUCUUAUUUUUUAUUGCUAUAUAGUAGUAUUUUUAUUUAUUUUAAAAAGUAAUGCAGUUUGUAUUGCUUAUGGUUAAAUUGUAUUUACUAAUUAUUAACUCUUUGGAUGGAGAAGCAUGUGAACAAAUGAGCAGUUUCUCCUUAGACAUCAAUAAAUGCUAUUUUACUUUAAAUUAUCUAUUUCCUGUAAAAUAAUCAAUACAAAUAAAAUUUGAUUGAUUUUGAUUGAUAAAUGGGGCAAAUUUGUAAGGAAAAAUCCAAAUGUGUCUGGAUUUCUCUGAUGGUUUGAGGUUUAUUGCCAAGAAGCUUCGUUAAAACCAAGGAAAAAAUCGACCAAUCAGACGUUUCCUGACGUUUUGUGCUCAUUUUUACAUUUAAACAUCCAAAUCUAAACCUAAAUCCAAGCUGAUUCACUUUGUUUUCCAGCACGAUGCACUUUAUAACAAAGUAUGUUAAGCAAAGAAUGGAGGGUUGGUUUGACCAUGAAAACUGAAAUAAACCUUAAAGUUUCUCCUUUUUUAUUCAGCUGAUUUUCCGGAACUGCUGCAGGUUUUUCCUGUUUGUGUUUAAAUUACACGUUGGUGUGCAAAGGCCUUUAGAGUGUUGGCGGGGGAUGAAAACGUAAGAGCUCAGUUUCAGAUCACAAAGUCAACCGUUCGUUUUUCUUUUGUGUUUUUAUUUCACACACAGCGACCGUUACUUUCUUAGCUGUAAUGUUAUUAUCGAUGAACGCCUCCUGACCAAAACGUGCACAAAGUGUCACCGUAGACGCAGCAGGAGGCAGUAAUGAGUCAAAACUAGAGGUAGAAAACCUUCCUAACACUCCAGCCAUCGGAAAGCUAAAAGAAAAAAUUAAGAUGUCUGACUAACAUGAGUAAGACUGUAGAGAAGUUUAUUUAUUUAUUUUUAGAUUACUUUUAUUGUUACUAGUCCCUCUAAUUUGUUUACAGGGCAGUUUUUUGAAAAGUGCUUUUCAAUAAAUUCCGUUUUUUUCCA